AUGAAGGACUUCGACAACACCCUCAUCAAGCUCAGCCAGGUGAGGCUCGGGAUAACCCGCGGACCCCCUCGCCGGGCGAUCCGUGAGCCCCCCAGUGACCCGUUUCGGGGUCCCCGUCCCCGCAGAUGGGCGAGCAGCUGGCGGGCAGGCCCAGCCCCGGCGGCGAGGCUGGUGCGGAGGCAGCUGCAGGCGCUGCGGGAGCAGUGGCAGCUCCUGAAGCAGACGGCCGCCAGCCAGAGCAGGGCCCUGGGGGGGCUGCGCAGCCUGCAGGACUUCAGCAGGAAGGCGGAGAGCCUGGAGGCGUGGAUCCGCAGCAAGGAGGAGAAGCCCUGCCUGGCGGCACUCCUGCAGGAAAGCCCGGAGAAGAUCCAGCUCACCCGCCGCAUCCUCGACUUGAAGCAGGAGGAGCAGCACUUCCAGAGCCUGCACGAGGAGCUCAACAGCCUGGCCCAGAAGCUGGAGAAGCAAGGCAAAAGCGAGAGCCGGAGCGUGUCCGCCCGGCGCAAGCACCUCAACAAAAUGUGGCUGCGGCUGCAGGGCACCCUGAAGGAGCACCACGAGGCCCUGCAGCUGGCCCUGGAGGUCGCCGCCUUCCUGCAGCAGGCCGAGGCCCUGCUGGGCGCCAUCCACGCCAAGUGGAGGAGCGUCUGCGGCGUGGGGAAGCACGGGGAGGCCGAGGCCAGCCGGGAUCGGGAUGUCAGGGACAUAGCCAGCCAGGUGAUGAUGCUGGACGUGACCGUGUCGCAGCUCCUCAGCCUGCAGCCCAGCCUGGCGGCCCGAGUCACCCCCAAGCACCGGGACGUGAAGGAGAGCUGGGCCCGGCUCCAGCAGGCGCUGAGGACCGAGAAGGCUCCGGCAGUGGCUGUGGGAAGCGGUUUCCCAGGGGGAGAAGCCUCGGCUGCGAGCACUGAGCCCCGCGGAGACGGCAGCAGCCAGGAGCUGGUGGGAAAGGAGGCAGGAGACAAGCAGAAGAGAGAUCCCGGCGGCAGCACGGUGCCGAGGGACGUGUCGAGGAGGCUGGUGGAGCACGUGAGAGGCGAGGAGAGCGGCCCUGGCUGUCCAGCAGCGGGAGGGGACAGCAGGAGGAGGAGACGGGGUCCUGGAGAGGUGGAGGCUGAGAGGGGCACGCGGCCCCCCGAGGCCCUGGCGCAGGAUGUCGGCCGGGUGCCAAGCACGGAGGGCGCGGGGAGCCCCCAGGUGGAGGCCAUGCUGCGGGAGCUGGGCGAGCUGUGGGAGGACCUGCAGAGGAAGCACCAGGAGAACGGCGCCGUGCUGAGGGAAAUCGAUAAGGCGCUGAGGCUGGUGGGGGAGCUGGACCGCGCCGAGCGGUGGCUGCAAGCCGUGGCGGGGUCGCUCUCGGAGCCAGCUGCCAUGAGGAGCCCCGCGGAGCUGCGCAGGGACCUGGAGGGGACGGGCCAGCUGGAGAGGCAGCUCCUGCUGUGCGGCAGCAAGCUCCAGGCGCUGCGGGAGGAGGCGGCGGGCGGGAUGCCCGCGGAGCGCGAGGGAGCGAGGAAGAUGCAGAGGAAGGUGGAGAUGGUGGAGGAGAAGUUGGCACAGGUGCAGGCAGCCCUGCGGCGCCGAGCCGCCGACCUGCGCGACUCCCUGGUGCUGUCCGAGUUCCUGCAGAACCUGCAGGAGGAGGAGGAGCGGAGCCGGCAGGGAGCCAGGGAGCCAGGGAGCGGGCACCGUGGCUCGCAGGGGGCUUUUCCCCUGUUCUCGGCCCGGGCUGAGGAUGGCGAGGAGGCGAGCAGCCCCUUGGGAGAGCUGCAGGAGGCCGUGGAGAUGCUGAACGACGCGGCCAAGGAGCGGGAGCGAGUGAUGGAGGUGGCGGCGGAGACGGAGAGCCUGGAGCGCCUGGUGGCAGCGGUGUCCCCGCGCCUGGAGGCCCUGCGGCGCAGCGCCGAGGCCCUGGCUCGCGACACGGCGCAGGCGGAGAGCGGCUUCACCACGGUGAAGAGCGAGAAGGACCUGCCGGGGCUGCAGGGCUUGCAGAGCCGCCAGCAGGAGAUGGAGCGCGAGGUGUCGGAGAGCCUGCAGGGGCAGCUGGAGGAGCUGGAGCGGGGAGCUGCCCGCUUGCAGGAGCUCUGCCCUGCUCGCCUGUGCCCCAUCAGCCGGGAGGUGCAGGACACGCUGCGGGCGUGGGCAGGGCUGCGGGAGCUGCUGCGGGAGACCCGUGGGCACGUGCAGCAGGCCGGCCGGCUGCGGCACUUCUUCAGGGAUUACUUGGCCAUGAUCUCCUGGACGGAAGACACGCGGGCUCAGAUCUUCUCCGAGAGCCCGAGCGGCCCCGGCUUCCUGGAGACUCAGUGUGAGGAGCUGGAAAAGAAGAUCGAGGGCAAGCUGCAGGAGUUCGAGGAGCUGGCGGCGGCGGGGCAGCAGCUGGUGGCGGAGGAGCACUACCUGAGCGCCACGAUCCAGGAGCGCCUGGAGGAGCUGCAGAGCAUGCUGGGCUGGGUGCUGGUGCGCUGGCGAGCGCAGAGGCACCAGCGGGAUGAGAGGAGGGACCCCGAGAGCCCGCGGAGAGCAUCCCCUGCCGGCCAGGAGCAGCGUGCCCCGUGCGCUCAGGAGAGCAUCCUCAGCCCGGCGAGGCUCCCUCCCUGCUCCUUCCCCAUGCGCACACAAGGACCGGAGCCGCAGGUGCCGGCAGGGGCAGCGCUCUCCCCUCCAGCAUCACCUCCCUGCAGCCCAGGAAGCCCCGAGCAGGCUCUGGCCUGGGAUCCCUCCGAGACCUCCACGCUGCUGCUGCCACCGCGGGGCCCCGGCGGGCUGGGGGGCACGGUCAACCUCAUCCUGAGCAUCGGCAAGAAGGGCGAGAAGAAGAAGGUGCAGAUCGAGGAGACACCACGGACGCUCCCUGCCACUAAACCCUCGGGCUGUAAAACCUUUUGGAAGCGUUGCCAGGGGCUUGUAGGAAACACUUGGGGUAGUUUAAGGCGCAAGAGAAAGCCGCCUCGCCAGCCAGCGGCGGAAGAGGUGCUGCUGGAGGAGAAGCUACGGGGAAGGGGCCGGGAGCAGCUCCGGCACGCCGCAGCCAGCGAAGAGGCCGCCUGCCGCGUCCUGCCGCCCUCCGGCACCCGGCUCCGGCACGCCGCCAGGCCUCCCACACCCUGCCCAAGGCCAGCACGGGCUCCCUCUUCAACAGCCUGCAGAGGAGGGAGCGGGCCCGGGCCGAGCAGGCACGGCUGCUGACGCUUCAGGGGAUCAUGGGCGCCAGCUCGCUGCAGCCCCUGCCCGAGGAGCGGCACGGCCCCAGCAACACCUGGCCCCUCAAAUGCAGCUGGAGGAAGGCGGGGGGGCCCCCCGGCCCCCAGCUCGGGGAGCUGCUGCUCUACGUGAAGAACCCCCUGGUGCGGGACAUCGACGCCGAGUGCGGGGCGGCCCCCCGGCACCCCAAACCUCGCCUGGCUCCCCCCGGCGCCGCGCGGCGCCCGGGGCCCAAAGCCACGUGCCCUCACCUUGCCCUGGGCUCCGUGCUCAGCCUGGAGCUGCCCAAGGAUGUGGCCGUGCUGGGGCGCCUCCGAGACGCCGCGCCGCCAGAAGAGGAGGAGGAGGAGGAGAGGAAGGGCAGGGGGGUGAGGUGGUGGGAGCCCCCUGGAGAGGACACGGGCGGGCACGGUCCCCGGCAGCCCGGCGAUGUCCUGGGGGCGUCCCCUAAAGCCGAGCGAGGAACGUGGCUCGAGGAGGUGAGCUUCAACCCCAGCUCCGGCCGGCACAAGGCGCGGGGCCCGCGGGCUGCCCACGGCACCGGGGAGGAGCGCAGGAGCCCGCGGCACCCCGGCAGCACCAGGCAGCACCUCCCGGACUCAAGGCCGGGCUGGCAGCCCCACGAGCAGGACCUGCUGCCCACCCGCCUGCAGCAGGGACGGCAGCCCCAGAGCCAGCUGCAGGGUCCGGCACCGUGAAGCCACUCACCUGGAAAUGGGGACGUCCCCCACCAGCACCCCGCACAGGGCAGGAGCCAUCCCAACUGCUCAGCACCCCCCCAGCAGGCACCCAGCCUGUGGGGUCCCCGGCUUCCCCCGCCGCUCCCACCCAGCUCUCCGUCUUCGAGUGGGCGCUGGGGUCCCCGCAGCCCCCCAGCCCUGUGCGGGGUGCCCAGGAGGUUUGCCACCCUGCCCACGGGCAGUUCGAGGAGGAGGAGGAGGAGCUGCAGGCCAUUUGGGAUGGGGCGGGCGAGCGGCGUGCGCCCGGCCACCCACCGGGGAGCCCCCCCAGCUCCGACACCGCCAGCGGGCCCCUCAUCCUCUCCUCGGCCAACAAUGUGCUGGUGGCCAAAUUCACCCUCCCCAGCGCUGCCCGGAUCCUGCAGAGCCCGGCUGGAGGGAAGGGGCACGCGGGCAGCCCCCAGGGGCACGGGGCAGCCCCCUGCCUGGAGGGGACGGUGGCCGUGCCCCCCUCGGACAGCCCCGCUGCGUGGGAUCGGCAGAGGCAGCGGGACGAGGAGAGAGAGGGCGGCCAGGCUCCUGCUGG